AUGUACGUGAGCUACCUCCUGGAGAAGGACGGACCCAUGUACCCCGGCCCGGUGCGGCACUCGGGGGGACUCAACCUGGCGGCGCAGAACUUCGUGGGCGCCCCGCAAUACGCGGACUACGGCGGGUACCAUGUGAACCUCGACGGCGCCCAGUCCCCCGGCCCGGCCUGGCCCGCGCCCUACACCGCCCCGCUCCGCGACGACUGGGGCACCUAUGGCCAAGGGGCACCGCCGGCCGCCGGCUCCGUCCACGGCCUCAACGGGGGCUCCCCCGCCGCCCCCAUGGCCUACAGCCCCGCCGACUACCACCACCACCAUCACCACCCGCAUGCCCACCACCACGCCGGCCCCGCGCCUCACUGCUCCGCCGGGGUCAUGCAACCCCUCAACGCCGCCAGCGUCGCCGCCAGCGCCGCCCCCGAGCCGCUCUCCCCCGGUGGGCAGCGCCGCGGCCUCUGCGAGUGGAUGAGGAAGCCGGCGCAGCCCCCGCUCAGCAGCCAGGUUAAAACCAGGACGAAAGACAAGUACCGAGUCGUGUACACUGACCACCAGCGGCUGGAGCUGGAGAAGGAGUUUCACUACAGCCGCUACAUUACCAUCAGGAGGAAAGCGGAGCUGGCCUCCAACCUGGGGCUAUCGGAGAGGCAGGUGAAAAUCUGGUUCCAGAACAGGCGGGCGAAGGAGAGGAAGAUCAACAAGAAGAAGCUGCAGCAGGCGCAGCCCGGCGGCGCGGAGCCUCUCAGCCCCAGCGCCUCAUUGCAGGGUCCCGCGGGGGGGGCGGCCGCCGCCGGGCUCGGCCCCGCCGCCCCCCAGUGACAGAGGCCGGGGACAGCGGUGCAGGGACUGCUGGAGAGCGCAGCGGGGCCGGGCCGAGCCGGGCUGGGGGGCACGGUGGGAGCGGCCCCCCAAGAUGCACUACACCGCCCCACGGGGCCGGCCGUGUGUACAGGUGUACAGUGUAUGUGUCUCGUCGUCCGGGGCAAGCGUGUCCAUCGCUUUAUUAAUAUUAUUAUUAUUAUGUUUGGGUGCUUUUUUUACCCCAGAAUUUGUUAGAUAAAAUGGGGGCACUGCCUGUCAGUCAACCCCCGGUAUAUCUCAGGGAUCGGUCCAAAAGACCUUAGAAAUGUUGUUGGGCUAAUGAUGAAUUUUAGCAGGAAAAAAAAAAUUAAACCACUUUUUUUAUUUUA